AUGUCCUGCCCCGUGGAAGAGAUCGUCAAAACCUAUGAAGAUGAUCCAACGAUAGUACAACGCAUCGCAACGCGCAAGACUAAACUUCCGCUCGCGAUCGAGCCCCCAAACCCGGCUUGGCCCGAACACUUUGAGUUUCUCAAGGCCCGCAUAAUCGGCGCCAUCGGCCCCACGGCCGUGAGCAUCUCCCACGUCGGCUCAACCUCCGUCCCAAACCUCCCCGCCAAGGCCGUCAUCGACGUUGACCUGGCGAUUGCGAACCCGACGGCCGAAGAUGAGUACGCUCCUGCACUGGAGGCGGCCGGUUUUCAGUUCCUCUUACGCGAACCCGAAUGGCAUGAACAUCGAUUCUUCGCGAUGAGUGAGCCGUAUUUCUGCAACCUGCAUGUCUUCAAAGUCGGGACGGCGGAGAUGGAGAGGCACUUGAUUAUGAAAGAAUGGCUCACGACGCACGAAGAUGACAAGGAAUUGUAUGCGCAGGCCAAGGUUGAUGCUGCGGGGGUGAGUAACGGGCUGGGUGAGACGGUGGUGGAGUACAAUUUCCGCAAGGAGAAUGUCAUUCGGGAGAUUCUCGAAAGGGCUUUCCGGGCAAAGGGGUAUCUUCCCGAUGUCGAGAACCCUAGGCCCGCCGACAAGCUCCCCUACCUCGCCUGGCAAGACAUUCGCAUCACGAACAGUCAUCAACAAGGCGCAUGGACUCUUCGGGUUACCAUCCGCAAUCUCAAAACCAACAAGGACGCGGGUGCACAAAGCGCCUUCGUUGUCAAUGAGACCAUGAUAUUCCGGGUCGCCUCUCUCCAGCAGCAGUCGAACUUGUCAUUCAUCAUACGGCAAUCAGCUGACACCUACGGAGCAAUUCUGGGCAAUACUGAUGCGCGCGCGCUGAUGUGUCACGAUCCGGAUAACUUUGCGUUGGAGAGGGUUUACACCGACAGACUUCAGAAUAUCGAUAUCGCUGCCGUCACCCUAGCUCGAGGCAAGCGCGGGCUGCACCCUAGAUCGGCUGCCUGCAGCCAAAUCAUCCAGCUCUACGGUCCUGAAUUGAAUGCGCUGACCCGUCAGUACAUUCGCCAAGACAAAGAGUACUCCACGCUGUCCAGGGCCGAGAAGAAGAACCGGGAUCGCGUCCUACGCCGCCAAGCUUUCCUUGCUUUACGUCGUGAGAUGAUCAAUCUUCAGCGACGCAACCAGACUCAGAAGGGACGCAAGAUUCGAACUACCGAGAUUCUGGUUCGCGCGACGGACUUCAACAAACGGCUCAUUCAGGCGUUCAACUCCGACGAGGCAAAGCAGCCAGAAGAUGUCAGUGAUACACGAGAUGAUCAACUCGACGAUGACUUUCCUGAAUCCGAUGACGAUCGCGAUGAAGACGAGAUUGAUGGCGGCAACAACACCGGAGAAGAUGAAGAUAACGUCCCGCACCCACUUUCCGGACACCCCCUCAUUCCGGACACCUAA